CCUGUCUCCUGUGUGCACGCGGAGCGCUAAUUGUUCGGCAAAAAUCACGCCUGGAGCCAAACAAGGCCGCACCUUUCCGCUUACGUCGUGGGGAGAUCAGACACAGUCAGCCGCCCACAGAAACACCUGCGUCCCGGUCCCUUCCGGAAGAUUUCAAACUCUUGAAGUGACGAUGGAUCAUACCAUAAAACAGAGGGCUACGUCUAACAAAAACAGCCGCUAGCGAAAGAGGAUGGUAUGGGACUCAGUUGGAUGACGAAACUAUUUUCACAACAAAAGUUAAAACUUUCCCAAGGCCUGUACUAAAGACAACCUCUGUGAAGAUGUGAAGAAGUUAAACUACGUGAAGAUACCAGGGAUUAUACCGGAUAAGGCAUGGCCUUAAAACGACAGGGGCUUAGUCACAGGAAACAUUAAGCUGGGGGACGCAGGUGUAACUGACAGAGUUUUCAGGACGAACUGUGAAUAGUGCGGUUGCUCAUCGUCGGAAAUGGCCGUUUAACACUUUACAGGAUGUACUGACUGUGUAACAGUGUUGUGAGUUGCCGGUGGUCUGUGUUUUGAUGCUGUUUCAAACGAGAACUACCGUCGAAUCGCCUGUAAAAGUACUUAUUAGUAGGACAAUGGACCUGGCUAUUUAGUGCAGAGAAAAUUGAGGCCAGCUAACUACAGAAGUCUGCUGCUUUUAACUCCCACUGGGCUGUUUACAUGUAGUACAACUCUAACAAAACACCAAGAUGGCGAAGUGUUGUUCAAACUGUUGGUACGAUCGUGCGUGUUGGUUUUUCGGACUUUUCACGUCUAUCUUCGGCGGGAUCUCGGUUUUCUUCGGGAUCGGAGCCCUCAUGUACUGGAACAACCACGACUUGAUCGACGAGUUUGCUAUCCCGAUCUGGGUCGGCGUUUUUUUGAUCUGCAUCGGUGGGCUGGUUAUGGCGAAUAACAAAUGCAGAAGAUGGGAAGACAUCAACAAAGAGUACUUGGAGGAACUUGAACUAAAACUCAUAUCGGAAGAAGAGCCGAAGCCUGUCAAGAGGAUGGAAAGUUUCACUCGACUCUUCAAAUCCAGGUCCAGGUUGUCUAUCCGUAGCGACGUUGGAAAGGGUAAAGCUUCUCAGUCAGUCAACCAAGUCUCUGAGAAACAGAUCUUCGAGAGACUAGACUUGUUGCGCAAGGAGAGGGAAAAUGAAGCCGCUAGUCGACAAGGUUCUCCUAAAUCUAAGUCCCGACACGAUAAAAUCAGACGACAGGCUAAAUACGAGUUGUUGAACGAGUUGGGGGACCAACCGUUACACCUGAGUUCGUCUUGGUACUCCGAUCUUAACUGUUUAACGGAUGAAGAUAUGAACAAGUGUCAAGAUAACAUGAGGAAUAAAAGGUUUAAGCCAAUUCCCGAUCAUAUCAAUCACGAUAGAAACGACAAUGGAAAUGAACAGCUUGGAAAUGAACAUUGGUCACCAGAUGAUCGCUCAAGUAAAAGGCAGGAAAGAGACAGAAGACGAGGUGAAAAGGGUAACAGAAGACACCGUGAUACAGGCAAAGUUGAUGAGUUUGAGAUGCUAGCAAUGGGACAAUACAGCGAAUCAGCUCAUUCGACCCACAAAUCAAAACAAAGAAGAAGCCUACAGAAAAGAAAGCAGGGAGCAGACAUUGAGCAAGAGGAGCGGUACGGGGAUAAUGAAAUCCCUAUAGAGACUGUUUCACGUAGAGCUGAGAGGAGACCAGAGUAUAGGAGGUCAUUCUCGGAAGGUUAUCGUGAAACUGGUAGCAUUUCCGACUUCAACGAUGAGAACAUGAUUGAGAAGAGGCUCCAUGAUAAAAGAAACUCUACAGCAUCAUUGGGGACCGGUGUUGUUCAACAUCACACGUCAGGCAACUUUCUAGAGGUGCCUGGAGUAAGACGAAAGAAGCGGGAAAAGGAUCUGUCUACAGAUGUGUGGCAACAAGAUUCUAGAAGUCUCCCUGGAACUCCCGAAGGAAGGCGAAAGGCAGUUCGGGAAGAGACAGACAUUCCUCUGUACACAAAAAGUCUUCCUGGGACGCCAGAGAGAAGAAGGCGCAUCCCCAAUCCGUUAGGCUAUCACGACCGUUUGGACUCUACCACGAUUAACUUCUACCAAAAGUCAAGUCGGAUCGGAGAAGUCAAGCGGAAAUCCCCGAGUCAAAGAUCGGUGAACAGCAUGGCGGAGUAUCAGAAGCGAUCGCUCGAUAAGUUUAUGAUUCCUGCGUUUAUGGAACAGCAGCAAGGUAUCACGACCGAGCCUGACUACUACACCACAACAAGCUUGGACAGGAAGCAGCAAAGAGCUCGGCACAGGUCACAGCCUUUGGCAAUGUCAGAAAAUCAUGGUAGCAGCAUUGACUGUAUGGAUGGCAGUAGGCGACGGUCUAUCCCUGGCAUCAUCAUCUCACAGGACGCACUCGAUGGGCAUUUAAACCCCGACGACUCUAUCCAAAACAUGAAUGGAUCACAGCAAUUUGCUUCUCCCAAUACUUACAGGCGAAUGUCUGUACGACCAAAAGUGUCGACCCGCGCUGACUACAUAUCAUUAGGUUUAUCAACUCCUACUUCGAGGUCGCCUAAACAGUCUCCUGCUCAAAGACGUAGGAAGACUGAACCAGCGCUGGCAGGACUCGAGUCCUUAAAAACUUACAGGGAUUCCCUCGAGGCAGAUGGAUACACCAGUGCGGAGUUAGAGGCAGACAUCUAUGACCACAUGGUAAGAGAAAGGAUGAGAAAGUUCAAGGGAAACAUCACAGAGCCCAAAGUAAUUUUCCCGACCCGCAAACGCCAUCGCACUGCACCAGCGCCGGUGUCGCCUGCAACACGCAGGAGGUAUUUAGAUGACAUGCACCAGUCUCCUUUCUUUGGUCUACAGGAUGAAGACGAUGACAUGAAUGAUGCGCAUGCCUACAGCAAGUUCGGCUCGAGGAAACAGAGCCUUCCACCAUAUUUGGACCGAAGGCAGCGAAGAACGUCGGGAAAACACCGAAAACCAAGCAUUCCAUAUCUCGAAUCGUACUCUUCUGAAUCAGAGGAAGGGGAAGAGGCAAGCCUGCUUGGCUCGAGAGUUACGCUGAAUUCUCGCGGCGGCAAGAACUCCCGCACAGUCUCUCCAACGGGCUCUCUGGAGGGUAUCCUGAGGAGAACCGGUUCUCCACCGGAAUUCAAGAUGGCGGCGCGCAAUAAGAAAGCAAAGCAUCACGGGAGACAUUUCGAAGGCGGAAUGAUCAUGUCCGAACCCCGUAAGAAGAAGGUUCGUUCUCCAAAGUUAGUGUCAGACAUGUAUGAGACGUCUGGGCAAGAAAACAGCGCGACAGAAAGCGAAACGUUCCCGCCAACAACAUGGGAGACAGAGUAUUCAACAGGGAAAAAGAACAACGACCUCCCGAAGAGCGUUUACUCGGAAGAAGACGAAAUAAGGCUUCUCUACAACUCAAAUAAUGAAGAUGCCCCGUAUGUGAAAAACAAUGACGGGAAAGUGGGCAACUCGCGGGCGCACGUGCUUCUGAAUGAUGACAAGGAAGGUGUGAUGGUAGUCGUGGUGAAGAAGAGAGACACUUUAUAGUUGACUUAAGUUGUGAAAGGAAGGGGGUUAUAAGUUGGACUGUACAAAAUUGCGUUAGGUUAUCUGUCACCAAAUUUUUACCAAAUUGUGAAUGUUUGAACAUUGAAAAAUAAAUAGAAAAAAGCAAAUUGCAAAUAGAUUGCAAUUUUCUAGCGCAAUUUUGCUCAGUCCAGUGAUAUAACGAGUCGUAAAUGUACCUAAUUGUAUAUACCAUAAGGGAAAGGGGACAAAUUGCAAUAGCUGUCAUUGCACAAUUAUUGCUGUUGUGAUAAUCGAAGGAUGAAUUUUAGGGCAGGGUAAUAGUAUUGGACUAUUACUACCUCAUAUACAGACCUUAUACUAUGUAUUGGUCUCAAAGUGAUUUAAACUUUAAGUUAGUUAUGUUGUCAGUCUGUUCAAAGACUGUAUAUUGAUGUGUAUAAAAUCCUUGGUCAGUUUUGUUACUAGACUGCUCUUCACUAUGAUGUUGAUUUCUUUUAUAUUUUCUCGAUAGAUAAACCUGGGAUGGUAAUGAUUUUCUCACAAUCUAGAGUUGUGUUUGAUUAUUUAUUAUUUUUCAGCACAAGUAUAUUUAUGGUGCCUUAUUCAAUGAGGGCAAUUGUAUCAACGAUUUAGAUUUCAAGUGACAGUAAUAAACUGGUCUUAAGUAGGGAUCACAGCCUAAUUUAAGACUACUUAAUCUUUUUUUAAAUGCUUUUAUUGCAUUUAACUUCUCCUUACCACAAACUAUGUGUCUUCCGGGACAACACAUAAUGUGGUUAUGAUAUUCAAUGAUGGUAUAGUUGUUUAUUCUUCAUCUCAGUAAAAAGGUUAUUCGUUUUCA